UUCUCCCCUUUCCCCCUCGCCGGAGCUCCAAGAAACCAAGGACCCAUCCUUCACUCUCCCCCUCUCCACCGCGAAGAUCCCCCUGCCUCUGCUCUCCAGAGGUCCAACUCCGGCAACCGAUGGACCAGUUCCUGGACGGCCACCACGUGCGGCUGCGGAGCCGCGUGCACGGCACGUACCUGCACGCCGACGGGGACGGGCAUGGCGUCUCCCUCCACGGGCGCCGCUCGUCAAUGAAGGCGGCUUGGGCGGUGCACAUCUACCAAGGCGGCGCUGCCGAUGCUCAGUACGUGCUCCUCCACAGCGCCGCCUACGGCAGCUACCUCGCCGCCACGGACGCGCCGGCGCCGCGCGGCCACCGCGGGCUCCGCGUCGAGCAGCGCAACUACGACGAGGGGGCGGAGGAGGCCAUCAGGUGGGAGGCCGUCAGGUUCGGGUCCGGGGACGACGUCCUGCUCCGCCACGUCACCGGCCGCUGCCUCCGCGCCAACGGGCCCGGGAGGUAUCUCCCCUGGAACAACGGCGUCAGCGUCGACGACAUCGACAACGCCAGAACGAGGAUGCUCUGGGUGGUCGAGCACAUCUCUGCCAGGGAGGGCAUGCCUCCUCUUCCACGUCCGACCGGGCUUCCCUUACCCGGAGGACUCGCCGCCAUGUUGCCGCCCCGGGUGAUCAUGUACGUGCGGACGAGCACCGAAGGGGCCGGCAUCCGCCGCGCCGCGUUCAUGUUCCAUGGGAGAUCGGUGUCCCGCCUGAGGAACAAGCUGGCCCGCCGGCUGCGUGACGUCAUGGACGUCUCCAACCUCGCCAUGUGCGUCCAAGCGGGUACUCACGGGCGGCUUACCCCACUCGUCGUCGACCUGCCCCACAGCGGCCAGGACCUCCACAUCGUCGUCUUCGCGGCCGGGACGCCAGUCCACAUGGAGCUGCGGUACCCGGAUGUCGAUGGAGAGUUAGUAGAGAGAUAUCACCAGAUACAUCGCUCCGAGUCGACGAUGGAUGCCAGUGGCGAGCACGGCAUCGCGGAGCGCGGCGGCAUCAUCUCUGUGACUGGUUCUCUGGGAGCCGGGCCUGUGUCUACCAGCCCGACGCAAUGCGCAGAUCUGCCAGUGGAUAUUAUCCAGAAGAUCAUCAGAAAUGGCACCUUGUGUGAUGUUGAUCGCGUGUGCGCCUCCUUGCUCAACAGGCACUGGCGCAAUAGCAUAAUUGGCGUGGAGGAGAUGGCUGACCUGGCCAAUCUGCCUUGGCUCUUUCUACCAUCUUCGGCGAGCCCGUGCUUCUUCAAUCCAACGAAAGCAUGCCUUCACCCACUUGGAGCUCUUCCAGAGGGCAUCAGGGCAGCCCGCCCGUGCGGAUCUUACCCCGGAGGCUGGCUAUUCUUGGACGGCGAAGCAUCGGGACAAGAUCAUCUGCUGUACAAUCUGAAGUCGGGCAAGCGGGUUACUCUUCCCAGCAGUGUCAUAAACAUGGAGGGGACAAUAAGAGGUGAGACGUCGCUCUUGAUGUGCGCUCUGUCCAGGUCUCCGUCAUGCCCCGGAUACGAGGUCGCCACAGUGCUCAACCAGGGAUCAAGUGGUGAGCAUAUCAUUGCCAUGUGGAGCCCGCAACAAGAGCAUUGGCUAGAGAUGAGCAAGACACCGGAAGCGAGCAUUGUGGAUAUCUGCUAUCACCGCGGUGUGUUCCUUCUGCUGACGCGAGAUGAAGGCCUAAUCAAGGUGAUUCGGCAUGCUAACGGUUCUCGAGGGAUCCAGAUGUGCAAUGUGGUUAGAAGUGCUGGUAGAGUCAUGGAUGACUUGGUUGAGAAACGGCCUCAGUAUUCUCUGGACAGGCGGCUCGUAGAGUCGACGACAGGGGAUCUGCUGAUGCUCAUCAAGAUUAGCCGUCUAAACAGGACAGGCACGAUCACUUUGUAUAGGCUGGGAGUCAACCACGAUACAGGCGAGGCUGAGUGGCUCAACUACAUGUCACCUGCUGGGGGGAUGGGUUCGUCCCGGUAGUACCUGACGGAUACCAAGCAUGAGAUUCACUUUCUAGACGACGUCGGGAGGACUGUUGACUCGGAGGGCACUGGCACUAUCCUCUUCAGCCGUGACGACAUGGGAUGCUUCCUAACGCGCACGCGUUUGUUCGGCGGAGCCUGCAGGGGGGCACCCUUCGACAAGACCUCUGACUUGAGCCCGCCCGUGUGGUUCCAUCACUAGCAGUAGUAGACUAGUACUUCACAUUGCUACUGUGCUAUUUUUGGCUUU